GUCGGGCCGGUGUCCGUGUCGGCCGCGCCGGACCCGAUCCUGCAGGCGGCGUCCGAGGAGGCGGCGGCGGCGAGCGUCUCCUCCGCGGCCACGACGACGGCGAUGGCAACCACGACGGCCCCGCUGCCGCCGCCGCCGCCGCUGCCCGUGCCGCCGGUGCCCGUGGUGUGGAGCCCGGAGGUGGAGGUGUGCCUCUUUCACGCCAUGCUGGGUCACAAGCCCGUCGGUGUGAAUCGCCAUUUUCAUAUGAUCUGUAUCCGAGAUAAGUUCAGUCAGAAUAUCGGAAGGCAAAUUUCUUCCAAAGUCAUCUGGGAUCACUUGAGCACCAUGUAUGACAUGCAAGCACUGCAUGAAUCCGAGAUUCUUCCCUUCCCCAACUCAGAGAAAAAUUUCAGCCUUCCUGAUGAAAUUAUUCAAGAGGUAAAAGAAGGUAAAGUGAUGAUUGAAGACGACGUGAAAGAAGAAAUAAAAGAAGAGAUGGAAUCACAUGCAAAUCCUGAAGAUGUAUAUGCGUCGCUGGGAAGCCUGGCAAAAGCAACUGAAAAGCCAAGCAGUAAGGAGAAAGAGAGGAGCUCCUCUGAAUCUGGGUCCAAAGAAGGAGCAGAUAAGAGAAAGCGGAACCGAGUCACUGAGAAAGUCCUGAAUGCAAACAGCAACCCUUCCAGUCCGAGCGCUGCAAAACGACGCAGAACCUAAGCAAGGGUGAAGCAAAGACGGGAGCAUGUUUUAACUGUGGAGCCAAGGUAGUGAAACGUUUGUAGAGUUCUACUUUAGCACAAGGGGAAGAAAUGAGUGAUAAAUGAACAGGCUCUGUGGGGUAGGCAUGAGUUUGUCUGUCUCGCCUCAGAGCAGAUGGGUUUGCUGGUCAGCAGAAAGGAGUGAACAGUGCCUUUAUCCGCAGAAUGUUGGGACCAGGAGGAGGCUGGAAGCUUUACAAACCUGUGCAUUUACUGAGCAAGUCCGGGGGUGGCAUUUUUAACAUUUAUUUUUGCAUCCCAGUGGCUCACUUCAUUUUUAACACCACUCCUGAAACAAGCAUUUGUGGAAACGAGGAUGAAUGGCUGAUUCAGCUCUGAGUGACUUUUGCAUCUAGUGCCGCAGUUGCUAAUGUUGGUGACAGCAGUAGGGACGUACCCAGCCAUGUUCAUCUGCAGCAUAACAUUUAGCCCUGGCAGAACCGGUUCCCUCUCUCCCCUGCAGCCCUCCAAAUUUGCUCUGGAUAGCGGUGGGACUCUCCAGAGCAAAUGGGGAGGGGGGGGUCACAGGGUGCUUCAGGUGGGGAGGAGGAGAAGGGCAGAGUCCGUUGCAUGGGCAGGCGUCCUCUGACAAGCCAUUGGAUGUUGGCCAUAGUGUCUUAAUGGAUUAUUGCUCUCUGAAAAUUCAUUAUAUUAAACGCCAGUGAGUAUUGCUGAGAAACAAUACCCAUAUAAAGGCCACCUGCAAAUGAAGAAGGAGCAUUCUCUGCUUCAAUUACGAUCGUUUUUGUCUCCUGGAAACUGGAAGUAUAAGCUAUUUUUUCCCCCAGCCUGUAGAAGCAAAACAAAGAAGGUAGUAUUUCUAGAUAAAAUAGCUGAUGAAACAUCUUAAAAACAAGCUGAACACUGCUGCCUCAUGUCUGGUUUACAUGUUAUCUAUAGGAGGCUUAAAGUAAAAUACUGUAAAUAUGAGGGAAGGUUCAGCACAACCUGGUAAGAGUAGAAGAAAUGGGGCCCUUGCCUCAACUACUUGUACUGUAUGAAUUACCUAGUUGCAAGUGUGAGUCGUUCCAUUAAAGUCAGAGAAAUCACUUGAAUGGGAGGCAUUUGCCUGACUGAGACAAUAAUAUAAAAAUGUAUUUUGUAUUCGUUAUUUAAUUCAAUUUUUUUUUUAAAAAAAGCAUUAUUUUUGUCAGGAGUUCUUAAAUAGCGACAAGGUUGAAAAUGGAAACUUUGUCAUGUUACUCUACUUCCAAAAGUAGUUUUAACUUUUAAGUGUUUGGGAUUUAUAUGCAAAGUUAAAAAUAGAGAUCAUUUAUUAUUUCUGGAUGAUCAGAUAGUAAAAUUUCUCCAUCUUAUUUUGGUGGACUUUGAAAAUGUAUAUUUUAUAAGGAAAACAAAACAAGCAGAGGAAUGAAGGUGGCUAAAACGUUGCCCAAUUUUACCUUUGUGUUAAUCUUUGCUAUUCAAUAAAAGAGAUCCAACCCA